GUUCACUGUUGAAGAAAUGAUGCCUCAUGUCCAACACAUGAAAGGAGGUCACAGUAAAAACCUUUUUCUUAAAGACAAAAAGAAGAAAGGGUUCUGGCUGGUGACUGUUCUGCACAACAGGCAAAUCAAUUUAAAUGAUCUUGCUAAACAACUGGGUGUCGGAAGUGGAAACCUAAGAUUUGCUGAUGAAAACGCCAUGCUGGAGAAGCUAAAAGUGGGCCAGGGCUGUGCGACACCCCUCGCCCUCUUCUGUGACCAGGGAGAUGUGAGGUUUGUACUGGAUGCUGGUUUUCUGGAAGGCGGCCACGAAAAGGUGUAUUUUCAUCCAAUGACAAAUGCUGCAACCAUGGGCUUAAGCCCCGAUGACUUUUUGAAGUUCGUGAGAUCAACAGGCCAUGAGCCCAUCAUCGUACAUUUUGAUGAAGACAGUAGGUAGAUGAAGUUCACUUUUCUAUUGCUAGGCAUAGGUUUUGUAGAGCAAAACUGGUGAAAGUCUCAUUACAAAUAAAAUUUGAAAAAAA